AUGCCAGAUAACACAAGUAGAAACCAUGGUCCAGUGCAGACCAGCGCCGUGUACUUGGUUGGCCGGCCGGCACAUCUCAUCGAGCGACCCCCGUCCCCACCAUCACCGCCUUCUCCAGGGCCUGCGCUAUGUCGUGGUAUCACUUCGCUCAUCGAUGAGCUUCCCGGCAUCUCAUUGGAUGAACCCCGCGUAGGCCUACCUCUCCUGCAUUCCCAGACAACAGCCUCCACCGCACACCUGCCAUCACCAGUACCGUCACCCCCAAUUGAACUCGAAAAGCUGAGGCCAGAAGGCCACACAGUCACGGCUCCACCCUCCCCUUCGUCACGCCCUGCCGAUGACGACCAUGAAGGAUGGACUUCCCCAACAGCCGACUCCGCGUUUGACAUGGUAGCUUCGGACCGCCUAGCCGGUGCUGUACACGUCCUAAGCGCUGAAGCGACCGCCUUGGCAUCACUGGCAACCAUGUACAGCACCUCAGCGUGCGCCCGGACGGCAUUCGAUAGCGCCGUGUCCGUCAUCGCCCGUAAUCAGGCAAGGUCGCCAGCCGGCGACGGGGGCGGGACCUUGGUCAUGAUCGGUGUGGGCAAGUCUGGCCACAUCGCGCGCAAGCUGGCAGCCACUUUCAGCUCGCUGUCACUGCGUUCGUCAUUUAUGCACCCCACUGAGGCUCUGCACGGGGAUUUGGGGCUGUUGCAUCCGGUUCGGGAUGCCGUUGUCCUGGUCAGCUUUAGCGGCAGGACGCCUGAGCUGCUCGGCCUGGUGCCGCAUCUGCACCCUGGCCUCCCGGUCGUGGUCAUCACUGCGGCCUCGGAUACGGCUUGCGAGAUUGCGAGGGCCCUUCGGGUGAUGAGAGAGAAACCCAUGAGCGAGGGGUCAUGCCGCUCACCAAGAGAGGCUGGGCCAUCUCGCACGGGAGAGGUUGUUGUGCUGCCAGCACCUAUACCAACUUCAGAGGUUGCCACUCUCGGCAUCGCCGCCCCUACUGCCAGCACGACGGUUGCUUUAGCGCUCGGUGAUGCUCUCGCUGUGGUUGCGGCAAAGGAAAUCCAUGGCGGCACAGCGAAUACGGCUGCCGUGUUUUUGAGGAACCAUCCCGGUGGUGCCAUUGGCUCUUCCUUUGCCUCGGGCUUGUCCCGAUGA